AUGGAGCAUAGUCGGUAUUGUCCAGUUAUUAGCCUGAUUCAGCUUUUUUGCUUCACGGGCAGCUGCAAGCCCCAGCUACCCAACAUAGACCCCCGCUUUAAGCCGGUGAAGCAGAAGAAGAGGAACUUCGUCCCAGAGAGAAAUGAGGUGAUCAGGAAUGAGGUCAGUAAGCUGCUGGAGUCCAAAAUCAUCAUGAAAGUCUACUACCCGACCUGGCUAGCCAACCCCGUCCUGGUAAAGAAGGAGGACCAGUCCUGGAGGAUGUGCGUGGACUUUACAGAUCUCAAUAAAGCCUGCCCGAAGGACUGCUUCCCCCUACCAAGGAUCGACAGGUUAUUAGAUGCUACUGUUGGUUUUGACGUUUUGUGUUUCCUGGAUGCUUUCAAGAGAUACCACCAGAUAGAGAUGGCUGAGGAGGAUCGGGAGAAAACCUCGUUCAUCACCGAGGAAGGGACCUACUGCUACCGGACGAUGCCGUUCGGGCUGAAGAACGCUGGAGCUACUUACCAGCGUUUGGUCAAUAAACUGUUCCAGAACCAGAUCGGCAGGAACAUGGAGGUUUACGUGGACGACAUGAUCGUCAAGAGCCGAGCAGGACCCCAGCUCGUCCCCGACCUGAGGGAGAUCUUGAACAUCCUCUGGGAAAGCCGGAUGCGGUUGAACCCGAAGAAGUGCACCUUCGGAGUUAGGUCGGGCCGGUUCCUCGGUUUCUUGGUCUCCCGAGAAGGAAUCCGGGCCAAUCCCGAAAAACUCCAGGCCAUCAUGGACAUGGCCCCUACACGGAAUGUGAAGGAGGUCCAGCGACUCACGGGAAGGAUGGCCGCCCUGAAUAGGAUCCUCUCACGGUCCGCGGUGAGGAGGCUCCCCUUCUUCCGAGUCCUGAAGGCGCCUAAGGACUUCCAGUGGACCGAGGAAUGCGGGAAGGCCUUUACCGACCUAAAGGCUUAUUUGGUCGAGCUACCCACCCUGACCGCCCCGGAACAGGGAGAAAUCUUGUUCCUGUACUUGUCCGUCUGUAACGAGGCCGUUAGCGCGGUUUUGGUGCGGGAAGACAGGGGGGCUCAGAGGCCAAUAUAUUACGUUAGCCGCGCUUUGCAAGGUCCAGACACGCGGUACACGCCGGCCGAGAAACUGGUCCUCGCCCUGGUGCAUGCUGCCCGAAAACUCCGACCUUAUUUCCAGACCCACAGCAUCGUCGUCAUGACCGGCCAGCCCCUACGGCAGAUACUCACCAAGCCCGAAGUCUCGGGCAGGAUGACCAAGUGGGCCGUCGAGCUGGCCGAGCAUGACAUCGGCUACCAGCCUCGAACAGCUAUCAAGGCUCAGGCCCUGGCGGACUUCCUCGCUGAAGGAGCCAGCCUGUCCACAACUGAGCCUAGCUCUCUGCCCGAGGAGGCCGAGCCAGAAGAGCCUUGGGUACUAUUCGUGGACGGGGCUUCGAGCAAGGAGGGAAGCGGGGCAGGUCUGCUGCUCAUCUCGCUAACAGGGGAAGAGCUGACUUAUGCUCUCCGGUUUGACUUCCGCGCGUCUAACAAUGAGGCUGAGUAUGAGGCCCUAUUGACAGGGUUGCGGAUAGCCCACCAGAUGGGUAUUACCGCGAUCAAAGUCCGGAGCGACUCUCAGCUCGUUGUCCUCCAAGUUCGCGGGGAAUACGAGGCCAAGGAGGAGGUCAUGAAGAAGUAUCUGGCCAAAGUGCAGGAGGCGACAGCCCUGUUUGAUACAUUCGAAAUCGAGCGGGUGCCGAGAUCGCAAAACAAGCGUGCAAACGCCCUGUCAAAGCUAGCAUCCUCCUCGUUUGCACACUUGAACAAGGAAGUUCUGGUUGAGGUUGUAAAGCAGAAAAGUAUAGAUCAGGUCCGGGUCCUGGCUAUAGACAGCUCGGCCACCUGGAUGACUCCUCUCGUAAACUUUCUCAGCUCGGGUGCCCUCCCUGAGAACAAAAUCGAGGCCCGCCGGAUCCAGCUCAGAGCUGCCAAGUACGCCUACGCCGGGGGAACCCUCUAUAGGAGAUCAUACUUAUCUCCCUGGCUAAUGUGCGUGACUCCCGAGGAGGGUGAUUACGUCCUUCGCGAAAUCCACGAAGGGAUAUGUGCGGCACAUGUAGGGUCCCGGGUAUUGGCCAAAAAGUGCAUUCUCUUGGGCUACUAUUGGCCCUCCGUCUUCCGAGAUGCCGCAGAACUGGUUCAGAAAUGCCGAGCUUGCCAGGUGCACGCCCCACUGCGCCACCAGCCCACCCGGGAGAUGGUCCCCAUCCACAGUCCUUGGCCUUUCGUCCAGUGGGGGAUAGACCUCCUGGGUCCCUUCCCCCGAGCUCCGGACAGGUACGAACAUCUCGUGGUAGCCAUCGACUAUUUCACGAGAUGGAUGGAAGUUGAACCCCUGGCCACUAUCUCCUGGAAGGCAAUACAGAAGUUCUUCUGGAAAAACGUAGUCUGCCGCUUUGGAAUUCCGCAUGUCUUGAUAUCCGAUAACGGGCGACAGUUUGCUGAAGGUACCUUCAAAAGCUGGACGGCAAUUAACGAGACCCCAUUCACUCUGACUUACGGAAUAGAGGCGGUGGUACCCGCGGAGAUUGGUCUCCCCUCGCAGAACUUCGUUGCGAUAACCAACGAGGAAGAGCUGAAAUACAACUUGGACACGCUGGAGGUUAAGCGUGAGGAAGCGGCGGUACGAAUGGCUAAGUACAAAGGUCAGCUCGCCCGCUAUCAUAACGCCAAAGUGAGGACCAUACAGUACCAGCCAGGGGACCAUGUCCUAAGGAAGAACUCGAUCAGCCGGGCACAUGGCUCCAACAAGCUUGAUCCAAAUUGGGAAGGGCCGUACAAGGUCUUAGAGGCAAGCCGAGCUGGGUACUGCAAACUCGCGAAAGUGGAUGGAUCAGAGGUACCCCGCACCUGGCACUUCUCCAAUCUGCGACUGUUUGUAGCGUAG